AUGGAACAGCUGGAAGCAGCUGGCGGAUCGGAGGCACUUUUUGAUUUGAUUAAUAUUAUACGACAAGAUCCAAGUAUUUGGGAUCGAGCAUCCUCCUCUUUCAUUACUCAUACAGAUUUAAAGAUUCACAAAUUUGCAGAAAUUGCUGAACAACUCAAUCUGGAAUCCGUGACAGCCGAAGUUGUGGCAUUGGCAUGGCGUGAAUUAAGCGAGAAGUAUCGCCGGCGAUUAUAUGAUGGUAAACGCAGAAACGGUGCUACAAAUUGGCCAUAUUUUGAAGCGAUGAGCUUUUUACGUGAUCAGUAUGAACAAACGAAAUGGUAUCGUCCAUUAACAAUACCUCGAUCUGUUCAUUUUUCAUCAUCUUCAAAUUUUUCUCAGUUGGUAGAUACAUUCCUAACUGCCCAGGCUGUUAUCGAUGCAGAACAAUCAGUUUCAAAAAAUGUUGAACCAAUGCUUUCAGUGACGUUGUCAGAUUCCUUACAGGUCGCCCGUCAUUUAUUUUUGCAUACUAUUAUUCUUAGUGAAAACAAAAUUUUAAUUGAGGCAAAAGGAAAUGCGAUGUUGGCAGUUCCUGGAAGUGGCGAUGAACGAAAAAAUGAGUUCGGGACAAAAUAUGAAUUGAUAGAUCCUUCUUUUCACUCUUUCUCAGCGACCGAUCAAAAUGAAUUAAAUGGAAAUGUUGAUGUUGAUAACAUUGCAAUAGCUUCUGCUGCUGAUAGUACGAAGUCACCAGAAACAUAUGAUGAAAAGCAAACAGUGUCACCAGCAGCAUCUGUUGAUGGUUUAACUCAAAAUGGUAAUCAUGGGGUUCUCGAUGGAACAACAGCUUCUUGUAAAGGACGUUUACGAACAAAUCGUUAUGAAGUUUACAGAAAUCCUCGUCGAAUAUGGAAACAUCAAAAGCAGUCAUUAUUUCAUCAGGCUUCUCCAGCUGUCACCAGUGGUGCAUCUGGCACUUCAAGUGGCGAGGCAGUUGCAGAAAUUUUGCGAUCUGUGCGUGCUAGUAGUUCAGAUGAUUCGUCGUCACCUUAUUGUGUGAAUCCCAGUACUCAACUGAUCCAACAGCAGGGUUUUCUCGCACCUGAUAACCCUUCAAAAUGGGAGAAUGUUGGGCGAGUAUGGAUAGAUAUGAUGAAGUCGAUCAGAUCAUCUCAGUUGGCACUAGCAGCGCACAAAUAUAUAAUCAACACACUUUUUUCCGUUUUGGAGGCAGAUCAACAACUUUUGGGCACAGACCCAAACACAACUCGUGUUCGAAUAAGAGAUGUUGCUCCACAGAUUGAAAUUACCAUGCAUCAGUGA